AGGAUUUUACGACCAACCAAUAAAAUCCGGCGUUACACAUCACAUACUUUUCAAGCAUACAUAGAGGUCACCGGCACCUCAUGGAAGGCGCUUACUGAAGACACGAUUGAAGUUUACUUCAAUCGGUUUGUUAAUGCAUUUGAGUGGGACCCUUCUAUGUAUUCAAGAGAAGUUAUCCGCACUGCAUGGAUCAAGAUGGCUAGAAUUGCUUACAAGGACUUUGUGAGCGCGACAAAGAAGCUCGUCUUAAUUGAAAAGAAGACGCCAGCAUAUCUGAAGGAACAUGUUGAAACGGCUUGGAAAGCCUAUUGGGAUCUACCUGAAGUGAAGCGCAUAUCCGAGCAGGCGAGCAAGAACCGGCGCUCUGAACCUUGUGGUCCCGGUAUAGGAAUCGCCAUACAUCAUGGCGGCUCGCGUAGUGCCAUUGACCACGCCGAGCAUCUGGCUCGGGAAAAGAAUAUCCCGGUUGGCUGUGCUGCGUAUGAUACAUUUCUACGCAUACACCGGAAGGGAGGAGUAUACACGGGCAUACGUUCCGAGGCACACGCGGUGGAGAUUGAGAGUCGCAUUCAAGAUAUUCAAGCCACUCAGGGUAGGGAUUCGACACCAGAAGAGGUAGACGCCAUCUUUAAGGAGGUGGUGAAGAGGGACACGAAAGGCCGUGUGCUCGGGAUGGGAAUGAUGACACAGAUGGUGUCUAGUGGAUCUAGUACUCAGUCCACUAGCACGUCUCAGACUGCCCCUACUGCUUCUCUUGAGGAGGUCGAGGCGCUAAGAGUUGAAGUGAAUGCUCAGGCUACUAGAGGGAACGACCUCGAGGCACGUCUGCUGGAGCAAGAUGGCACCAUUAAUGAUCUCAAGAGUAUGGUGGCGGAGUUGAUGGCAAAUAUGAAGAAGGGUCAUAAUUGAUACUUUUUAUGAAGUUUGAAUUUAUGUUGUGUUGAGUUUGGAUUUAUGUAGUAACUAUGGAGUUAGAACUUAUGAUACUUGAUAUUUAGCUUAAUUUAGGUAUGUUGAAUUUGGAUGUUUAGUAAGUAUGUUUGACUUUGGAUGUUUAGUAAGUAUGUUUGAAUUUGGAUGUCUAGUAAAUAUGUUUGAAUUUGGAUGUUUAUUAUAAGUAUAUUUGAAUUUGAAUAUUUUAUAUUGAUUUU